AUUUCCGACCGAUUCGGGCUGAACUUUGAUACCUUUAUGGCCAAUGGCUGGCAGCUAAACAACGCAAUAAAGUUGCGAGUUAGGGUUUUUGAAGCUUCGGUGUCCGCUUUCAGUGCAGCAAACUCGAAGUUUGUCUCUGCAGAUAAUUGAGGCAAUGGCUCCUUCUAUACAGCCUAAAAGUGGGCUAUUUAUUGGAUUGAACAAAGGGCAUAUCGUUACAAAACGGGAGUUGGCUCCUCGCCCUUCUGACAGAAAAGGGAAAACUAGCAAGAGGGUUCAUUUCGUCAGGAACCUCAUUAGGGAAGUUGCUGGUUUUGCUCCCUAUGAGAAGAGGAUCACUGAGCUUCUGAAGGUUGGGAAGGACAAGCGUGCCCUUAAAGUUGCCAAGAGAAAGUUGGGUACCCAUAAGAGGGCAAAGAAGAAGCGUGAGGAGAUGUCUAAUGUUCUUCGCAAGAUGAGGUCUGCUGGAGUACAUGAGAAGAAAAAAUGAUGAAUUUUAUCAGUGCACUGUAAUCUUGAUAUAGAAUUGGUUUAUGCCAGUUGUUAGAUUGACAUUUCUAGUUAUAGACUUGAAAGAACGAUGAGGUUUACUCACUGUACACCUUGUAUUGGUGUAUGCUCUGUGAAAUUGCUUUAUAUAACUUGCUUUUUUGUUGGUGUAGAAGUAAAUGUUCUAAUGUUCUAUUGUUGUGUGUUUGGGAAGCUAUGUACUGUUAUUUUAGCUUUUAUUGACCAAAUUUGAAGUUUUUAAAUGAAAA